AGAGUCGUCCUCUUCACCAUCAUCCUGUGCAUCUACCUGGUGACCGUGUCUGGGAACCUCAGCACCAUCCUUCUCAUCAGAGUCUCUUCCCAGCUCCAUCAUCCUAUGUAUUUUUUUCUCAGCCACUUGGCUUCUGUUGACAUAAGCUUCUCAUCUUCUGUCAUACCUAAUAUGCUUGUCAACUUCCUGGUAGAGAGAAACACCAUCUCCUACCUUGGAUGUGCCAUCCAACUUGGCUCAGCUGCUUUUUUUGGUUCGACUGAGUUCUUUCUCCUGGCUGCCAUGGCUUAUGAUAGGUUUGUAGCAAUCUGCAACCCACUGCUUUAUUCAACCAAGAUGUCUACACAAGUCUGUGUCCAGUUGCUUGCAGCAUCUUAUAUUGGUGGUUUUCUUAAUGCUUCCUCAUAUACCAUUUCCUUCUUUUCUUUUUCCUUCUGUGGAUCAAAUAGAGUCAAUCACUUUUUCUGUGAUUUUACUCCAUUAGUUGAACUCUCCUGUUCUUAUGACAGUAUCCUCAUAGUUCUUGAUACAUUUUCUGCUGGCUCCAUCGUUUCAAUAACAGUGUUUGUGAUAGCUGUCUCUUAUACCUACAUCCUCAUCACCAUCCUGAAGAUGCGCUCUACUGAGGGCCGCCACAAGGCCUUCUCCACCUGCACC